AUCAAACUUUCUUUUAAAAUCUCCAAAAGCAAACCGAAAACCAGACACAGCCUAAAACCCAUUAAUAAUUCAUUCAAGAUUCUCCAACACAUCAUCUCAAUCAAAAAAGUGAAAAACAAAAAGACCCUUCCUAACACUAAACAUUUCCAGCCCUUACAAGCAAAGAAUAAUCACCUCAAACACCCUUUUCAAGAACCAUCACAAUCCGAUUUUCCAUUCCCAAAACUCCCACUUUGAACAAUGACUCCCUCCUUAGCCACUCUAUUCCUCUCUCUCCAUCUACUCCCCCUCAUAGCCUACAGCUUCAACCACACCAACCCCUGCAGAUCCUUCUGCGGCAACCUCACCAUCGACUACCCUUUCACCCUGCAGCCCGGCUGUGGCCACCACGGCUUCCGGGACCUCCUCUUCUGCAUAAACGACGUCGUCAUGCUCCACAUCAGCUCGGGCUCAUACCGUGUUCUCGACAUAGACUACGCCUACGAGUCCCUCGUCCUAGACGACCCCCACAUGUCGACGUGUGACUCGAUCGUGCUGGGGCGGCGGGGCAACGGGUUCGUGGUGGAGCCCUGGCGGGCCCCACACCUGAGCCCGAGCCCGGACAACGUGUUCAUGCUACUAGGCUGCUCAUCAGGGUCACCCCUGUUUGAGGGCUUCCCUGGAAAGCACAUGCCAUGCAGAAACGUGUCGGGCCUUGGAUGCGAUGAGUACUACAACUGCCCGGCGUGGGACAUAAUCGACCCGAGACGGGCCAGGCCGGCAUACGGGUCCGGGCCGCCCGACUGCUGCUCGAUGGCGUAUGAGAGUGUUGGAAGUGUGAAUCUUUCGAGGCUUGAUUGCGAGGGUUACAGCAGUGCGUACAGCGUGGCGCCGUUGAAAGUGAGCGGGCCGGGCCAGUGGGCUUAUGGGAUUCAGGUUAGGUAUUCUGUUAUGGGAAAUGAGGUUUUGUGUCGGGCCUGUGAAGCCACUGGUGGAUCGUGUGGUUAUGAUAUUGAUAAACACACGGAUUUGUGCAUGUGUGGGGCCUGGAAUUCCACUUCCAAUUGUGAUUCAGAUGCAGAAAGUGCUGCUGUUGGAAGAAAAUGGAGUUGGGGGGUCGUAUUAGCAGGACUAAUAAUCAAUACAAUUAUUUGGUGGAAUCCCAACAAAUAUCGAUAGAAAUCGAGCAAAAAUUGUUGUUCAUCUUCCUCUUUUUGAUUCGCAAUUUGUCAUCUAUGUGAGAAAGGAAGAAAGGUAAAAAUACGCCUAUGUUUUGAUAAUGUAAUAUUGGGAGUUAGGAUUCAGAAAUUUGAGAGUUGAGAGUUUGAAAAAAGAAAAUAUAUUUGUUUUCAACUUUCAAGCGUCAUCCUAGUUCCUAUGACUUUCGUUUAUUGGAAAAUUACGUGCUUCAAAUA